UCCUGCAUCUCAUUCUGCGAGCGUUGGAGCACACAGUGUGAGCUCUGGUGCGCGUCCCCAUCAUGUACACAUGUACGCUCCGUUCAUUCAUACAGGGACACGGCGAUCAUGUAUGAAUGGCCGCGGCACAGAUGAGGCGUUGACAGUGGCCAAGUGAAGAGAUUCUCAGCCUGUUCUCUGUUAGAUCACUGGAGCUCGGAGACAGAGGCAGUGGAGGAGAGGGCGACACAUCACAGUCUGCAGCACAACUAAGAGAUAAUUGACUGGACUGAACCACUGAUGCAGUUUCUUCUUCUUCUCCUGGUGUCUUUGUACCAAGAAUCUGAUCCUGGAAUGACGUGUUUGGUUUGGUAUAAACUUAGUGACGUGUCUCAGGCCUGACCCUGGAGAUGUCGAAAAGACGAGACAUUGUCGCCGUCGUGUUGAUCGUGUUGCCUUGGACUCUGCUGAUUACUGUUUGGCACCAGAGCACUGUCACUCCUCUGCUUUCUACUCGAAAGGAUGACAGACAAGGUGGACGCUCCAACUCGAGGAACACGUUUGCUGUCAAGCAGCCCUGCUCACUGCAGAAGCGGGACAUCAUGGAGGUGAUGCGUACUGAGCACAUUUACAGUCGCCCUCCUCCCUGGUCUGACUCUUUGCCCACUAUCCACGUCAUCACUCCCACCUACAGCCGGCCAGUACAGAAGGCAGAGCUGACACGUCUGGCCAACACUUUGCUCCAUGUGCCGAACCUGCACUGGAUCUUGGUGGAGGACUCUCACAGGAGAACCCCUCUGGUUAGCCAUCUCCUCCAGGAGACAAGGCUAAACUACACACACCUCAACGUGGAGACACCCAGAAACUACAAGGUACGCGGGGACAUAAAGAACCCCAGGAUUCCACGCGGCACCAUCCAGAGGAACCUGGCACUGAGGUGGCUCCGGGAGACCCUCAGCAUAAAUACCAGCCUCUCUGGGAUUGUCUACUUUGCAGAUGAUGACAACACGUAUAGUCUGGAGCUGUUUGAGGAGAUGCGUGAGACCCAAAAAGUGUCCGUGUGGCCCGUGGCUUUUGUGGGUGGCCUCCGGUACGAGUCCCCGAAAGUAAAUGCUUUGGGCAAGGUUUACGGCUGGAAGACUGUGUUUGACCCCCAUCGGCCCUUUGCCAUCGACAUGGCUGGGUUUGCAGUGAACCUGCACCUCAUUCUGUCUAAACCUCAAGCUUAUUUCAAGUUACGUGGAGUGAAGGGAGGAUACCAGGAGAGCAGUCUGUUGAAGGACCUAGUGACUCUUGGCGAUUUGGAGCCUAAAGCUGCUAACUGUACUAAAGUAUUAGUAUGGCACACACGGACAGAGAAGCCUAUGCUGGUAAAUGAGGGCAAGAAAGGAUUUACAGACUCUAACGUGGAGAUAUGACAUCCUUCAUCUCACACGGGUAAUGACAGAGAUUUAGAAAAGCAAAUUGUAGCCUUAUGGCACGUUUAAAGGAUUGCCUCCUGCAGUGUCUGUCAUGAAAAGUUGAGUGAUUUAGUUUGGAUAUUUUUGCCAUUAGGUAUGUUGACAUAUUGGGGCAUGUGUGGGUGUGUGUUUCUGUCUGUUGGAUCACUUAGCCUGAGGCCUUUAGUGGAUUGAUUGCCAUGAAAAUCUUACGGUUAGGGUUAAAUCUACAGACAUUCAAGGUCUUAAGAAGAAAUUUUUUUCUCUGUGUGUGUCCAAUCCAAAAACAUGCAGAGGUUAAUUGGACACUCUAAAUUGACUCUUAAAUAGGUUUGAGUGUGAGAGUGGAUGGUUGUCUGUCUCUGUGUUUGCUCCGUGAUGGACUGGCAACCUGUCCAGGGUGUAGCCCGCCAUUUUGACCUAUGUCAGCUGGGAUUGGCACCAGUGGCCCUGCGACCCUCAUGUGGAAGAUAUAGCAGUAGACCCUGAAUGAAUGAAAUACUCAAAGCCAAGUUGUAAAUAAAACUUUCUAGAGAAUUUGUCAUGAUUUACAGUGGGAAACAUGCAAUAUUGAUAAGUCUAAUAUGACAUGAAAGCAUUAUGCAGCCUUGUUCUUUGGUUGUCCUUGUUCUAAAUGUAAACGUCUCGUUUCAGAGGAGGCAUCGCUCCACGGGAUUCUACCUGGAUUCUACCAACCUCAGAGCUCCUUUGAGCCACAGCCGGAGUCAAAGACAUUAUCACAGCACAGUAACUGCAGCACAGGCCCGGAAAUGGCGUCUGUCCACCCCAGGAGGUGACGGGAAGCCAUGUGCGUGUACCAUCCAGAGCAUCAAAGCACAACAUCACUAAAAAAAAACCUGUCUGUUCUGGCCGAUGUGACACAGUGGUGGAACUUGCCAGGAGGAGACUAGCGAGCUCUGCUAAGACAGACGAUGUUACGCAACGUAAACGACAGGAAGUGAUGGCACAGUGAGCGAUAAAGAGCCAUCUCAGCACAGACAACACCAGCAAAUCUGCAUUAAAUAGGGCCCUUUUGCUCUAAGGCAAACUGGCUGUCAGGCACAGGGCUGCACAAAGGAAUACAAGGGUUUCUUGUCAUAAGAGAGUCGGCAGUGACUAACAGACCCUCCCAACUUGAACUGUACAACACUGGGCUCUUUAGAUAGCGCCGUUAAACCCAGUACUAAUUAGGACUCAUGUUACUCCCCAGCACACAUGAGUACACACUGCACAUUAUGAGCACACAGACACUGCAGUGAUUUACUACAGUGUUUUGUACAAUAGUACAAAAGUUCCAUCCGCAACAGUCAUUUACUCCUGACUAUUGUUUUUUGUUUUUUUUCCCAAUAAUAUGCUGUGCCACUACUGAGCUCAUGUUUGAGAGAAGAGUCUGUGUUCCUAUUAAGGUUUACAGCCUUUAUUAAGCUCGUGAAAAAAAAAAACUUGUCAAUGAACUGAACGUUUCUCAGCAGAAUUAUUUAUCGUUUCAGGGUAAGUCGUGAGCUAUGUUUGGAAGAGUCAAUGGGAUAUGAAGCCAUUACCAUAAAAAAACUGGAUGCGCAUGCCUUCACACGACUGUAUUACAAAGUAUAAUUGCUCCCACCGAGGAUGGCUGGCUUGUAAUAGAUGAUUUCAUACCCCACUGACUUGCAGUGACACUGCUCACAAAUGUUAAUUGUGCUCCCAGACUCUGCAACUGGUCAGACUCUGGUGGUCAGAUGUCAAAGAACCUUGAACUGUUACUGUAUGGCGAGGGUGCGGUGGCGCUACAUUGCUGCUUGUGUUUCAUU